CUGGAAACCGGGGGAGGCAGCACCAAGUUAAGCUGAAGACCGAAGCAAGAGCUGGGUCAGGUGGCAGCCACAGCAGCCUCAGGGACCUCAGCAAAUAUGGCCUCCUUCCCAGACUCGGAUAAUAGUUGGGUGCUUGCCGGCUCAGAGAGCCUGCCUGUGGAGACCCUGGGCCCAGAAGCCAGGAUGGACCCAGAAUCUGAGGGAGUCCCCCAGGCCCUUUGGAGCCCCUCCAAGGCAGAUGGUGGAGAAUUAGCUGGGACCUUGGAUGAAGAAGGGACUGUCCUCCAGAUUGAAAGUCCCCAGUCUUGUCCCGUUCCACCGGAGGAGACUGAGGCCAAGGGCAUCCUGGAAGGUGAUGGUUGUGAUAUGGAGCCCCUUGGCCCAGGAGACACAGUGGUCCAGGGAGACUUGCAGGAGACCCCUGUAGUGACAGGCCUGGGACCGGACACACAGGACCUGGAAGACCAGAACUCUCCACAGAGCCUUCUCUCAGCCCCUAAAGCAGCUUGGAUCAGGGCAGAGGACCAUUGCUCCAGCAGUGGGGAUGACACCGACAUGGACAUGGAGGGUCUGCGGAGACGGCGGGGCCGGGAGCCCAGCCUGCCUCAGCCUGAGGCACCCCGGAAGGUGGAGGACCAGGCUGGGGGAGAGUGCAUGUGUAGGGAGCUGGGCAUCUCCCUCAACAUGUGCCUCGUCGGGGCCCUGGUUCUGCUGGGCCUGGGCAUCCUUCUCUGCUCCGGUGGCCUCUCAGACUCUGAGACUGGGCCCAUAGAGGAAGGGGAACUGCAGGUCUUACCGGACACUGGAUCAGAUGCUGAGUUGCUGGAUGCUGUGGGGGAUGGGCAGAAUGGUCUAAGGCAGCAGCUGCAGGCCUCAGUGUCCCCUGACAGUGUUCCCAGCCUGCAGAACAUGGGCCUUCUGCUGGACAAGCUGGCCAAGGAGAACCAGGACGUCAGGCUGCUGCAGGCCCAGCUGCAGGCCCAGAAGGAAGAGCUUCAGAGCCUGAUGCACCAGCCCAAAGGGCUAGAGGAGGAGAAUGCCCGGCUCCGGGGGGCCCUGCAGCAGGGUGAGGCCUCCCAGCGGGCCCUGGAGUCAGAGCUGCAGCAGCUGCGGGCCCGGCUCCAGGGACAGGAGGCCAACUGUGUCCAGGGCACAGAUGGGGUGUGCCUCAACUGGGGCAGAGGCCUGCAGGGUGGCAAGACCCCCAAGGAGCAAGGUUCCAAGGGGCCAGAGCUAGACCCUGGCUUCCUAGAGCAGAAGGAGCAGCUGGAGGCUGAGGUCCAGGCAUUAAGGCAAGAGUUAGAGAGGCAGCGGCAGCUGCUGUGGUCUGUACAACAGGACCUGGAGAGGAGCUUGCGGGAUGCCACCCGAGGGGACCCGGCUCAUGCUGGCCUGGCUGAGCUGGGCCACAGACUGGCCCAGAAGCUACAGAGCCUGGAGAACCGGGGCCAGAACCGUGGGAUCCCUGCCAAUGCCUCAGAGGCCUGGCAUCAGAAGCCCCGCUUCCAGUAUUCCAGGGAGUGGAGUGGAAAGGAAAAGUGGCAGGAUGGGCACAGGGACCGGAAGGCUGACCAUUGGAAGCAUAAGAAGGAGGACUCUGACUUGGAAAGGAAGAAGAGCCAUAGGGGUGAGGAGGACAGGGAGCUGGCAGGGAGGUGGAAGGAGGGCAAGCCAAGGGGAGAAGAGUGGGGCAGCAAGAAGGAUGGCAAGCGAAAGGGCCCCAAGGAGCCCCCAGGGAAAAGUGGGAGCCCCCACUCCGGAGAAAGGCAGAGGCAUCCUCGGCAGAGGGAAGGGGCUAAAGACAAUCAUGAUCCCCUGCCACCCUGGGCAGAGCUGUUGAGGCACAAGUAUCGGGCACCCCAGGGCUGCUCAGGUGUGGACGAGUGUGCCCGGCAGGAGGGCCUGACCUUCUUUGGCAUGGAGUUAGCCCCAGUGCGGCAACAGGAGCUGGCCUCUCUGCUGAGAACAUACCUGGCGCGGCUGCCCUGGGCUGGGCGGUUGACCAAGGAGCUACCUCUCUCACCUGCUUACUUUGGUGAGGAUGGCAUCUUCCGUCACGACCGCCUCUGCUUCCGGGACUUUGUGGAUGCCUUGGAAGACAGCCUGGAGGAGGUGGCUGUGAGAGAGACAGGUGAUGAUGAUGAAGUGGAUGACUUUGAGGACUUCAUCUUCAGCCACUUCUUUGGAGAUAAAGCACUGAAGAGGUCAGGGAAGAAGGACAAACACUUGCGGAUCCCCAGCAUUGUGGGACCCAGGGAGGAGCACAGCCGCCACCACCACCGCGGCUGAGGCCCUGCGCCAUCAGGGAAUCGCCUUGGCCUGGGCCCAGUCCAAGAUCCAGGCCUUAAUGUAAUCCUGGAGGCUGGUCCCAGACCGUUAAACUGGCAUCUCCCUGACUUGUUUGGUGUCCUUGGAUAUUCUCCACAGAGGACAGCCAAAUCACCCAGCCCUGCACUGAUGCCACUUUUGCUAGAAAGGGCCUUAGCUGGACCUGCCUUGCAGUCUGUACAAAUGUAUGCACGUGCUCAGGGCCCUGGGACGUGGCCCUUGGCAGACUGAUUGUGUUGUGCCAAUGUGAAGAGGGGGAUGGGAGAGCAGCCUGUUUUUUACGGGGAGGAAGGGAUAGCAUUCUGAUACUGAAGCCAGAGAGCUUUCAUCCUCUCUUGUGGGUGUAUGCCCCCAGAGUGGGCCCCUUGGCUCUGUGUGCUAACUGGGCACCUCUUGGGAUUAGACUAGACUUGCUGGCUGGAGGCCCAGCAUGAGGACUUUCCCUAGGGUUUUAUUAGAUUUGGAAGCAGCUGUCCCCAGGGGGUAAAGUCCCCUUUUUAUCCUUGCUUCUCACAUGGCCUCACCUCCCUGUGUGAAUUGUAGACUCAUAUCCCCCCAAAAUGCUGGAGCCAUGACAUUGGUUGGGGGCCCUGUCACCUGGGAUGGUUUCUCACAGGGGACACCCCACACUUACCACCUGUGUGGAGGGGUGCCAACCUUGGCACUGGUACUCUCCCCCUUCUCCCAUAUGCCCUUUUCCCCUUGCCUUGCCCUCCCAACAAAUCCUAUGCCCUCUGGGCUGGAACUUCCGUAUUUUGCUCACAACUGCCUUAGCUGCACCCCUGGGAGAUACAGAAAAAUGAGUGUGGGUUUUGGAGUCUGAGCCUUGGGCUCAAAUCCAGGCUGAGUUAAUCUCUGGGAUCCUUGGUUUUCAUAUUCUCAAAAAAAGGGAUUGAAGGGCUGGGGAAGAGAUUAAAUAAAGCAAUGUAAGCAAGA